AUGAUAAACUUAGAUAUCGAAAACCUUAAUGAUAUUAACUUAAUUUUAGAGAAGUUAGAGGCACAUGAUAGAUUUAUCGAAGCUACAAUCGAACUUUUUGAAGAUGCUGAACAGUAUGAUGAAAAUUAUGAUGAAAAUAUUGAUAGUGUAAAUAUAGGUAGUGUAAAUAUAGGUAGUGAAAAUUGCGUUAUUAAAAAUAAAAAACCAAUUCAAGAUAUAAUUAAUAAUAAAGAAAAAAAAUAUAUUUUAUCAAAUAUAAUAAAUAUUUUAAAUUAUGUUUUUCCAGAUUAUGAAUUUAAAUAUUUAAAUAAUUCAAAUUAUAAAUCUAUAAAAAAUUUAAAUAAUGUUAUAGAUAAUAUAAAUUAUAAUUUAUUUUAUGUAGUUGAAAAUAUUUAUCGAGGUUUUAAUAAAAAAGUAUGGGAAAUUUUAAAAGAAUUAAUGGAUUUUAAAUCAUGUGAUAUAUAUACAUAUUUAAAUAAUACAGAUAAAGAUCCAUAUAUAGAUAAACAAAGUAUUUCUAGUUUUAAUUAUUUUUUCUUUGCUAAAAAAACAAAAAGAAUUCUAUUUAUAUCCUGUAUUACUAAGCCAAAAUAUAAAAAUCAAAAUGACGAAGAUUUUAAUAAUAUUUAUAUGACAAUACAAGAUGAGCCAUCUGUUAAUGCCCAAAAUGAUUACGACGAAAUUAAUUCAUCUAGUUCAUAA